CUGAUGAAGGCAGGAGUUGGAGAACCCAGAAGCCGGGCGGUGGGGAGGCUCAAGACUUGAGCUGUCGCCUGCCUCAGCACACCGGCUUCCUCCCUCCCUCCGAAGCCAUGGUCUGGAGGAAGCUGGGCUCCAGCAACUUCUCCAGCUGCCCCAACGGCUCCAGCCAGUGGAUAUGGGACGUGUUUGGCGAGUGUGCCCAGGAUGGCUGGGACAAGGCCAGCGUGGGCCUGGGCUUGAUCUCCAUUCUCUGCUUUGCUGCAUCCACCCUCCCCCAGUACAUCAAGGCCUGCAAGACGGGCAUCAUGGACCAGGCCCUGUCCCUGUGGUUCCUCCUGGGCUGGAUCGGCGGAGACUCCUGCAAUCUCAUUGGCUCCUUCCUUGCUGACCAGCUGCCCCUGCAGACCUACACAGCCGUGUAUUACGUCUUAGCCGACGUGCUGAUGCUGUCGCUGUACUUUCAUUACAAGUUUAAGAAACGCCCCUCUCUGUGGUCUGCCCCCAUCAAUUCUGUGCUGUUGUUCAUCUUGGGGGUGGCGUGUACCGCCCCACUGCUGAGUGGCGCUGGCUCGGUGGCUGCCCCCAGGGAGGUCUUCCAGGGGCGGACGCUCUUGUCUGUGGAGCCGGGCAAUAAGCCCUUCACGCAGCAGGAAAUCGUUGGCUUCGUAAUCGGCUCCGUGUCCAGCAUGCUGUACCUGCUCUCCCGGCUGCCUCAGAUCCGCACCAAUUUCCUGCGGAAGUCGACACAGGGGAUCUCCUACUCGCUGUUCGCCUUGGUGAUGCUGGGGAACACGCUGUAUGGGCUGAGCGUGCUGCUCAAAAACCCCGAGGUAGGCCAGGGCGAGGGCAGCUAUGUGCUGCACCACCUGCCCUGGCUCGUGGGCAGCCUGGGCGUCCUGCUGCUCGACACCAUCGUAUCCUUCAGGUUCCUGAUAUACAGGGAUGCCGCCACCUCAUCAGAGCGCCAGCCACUCCUCCCCAGCUGAGCAGGACCCAGGCCAAGCCCAGGAUGACAGGGACCUGCAGAUGCCACACUCAGGAAGGGAGAAGUAUGGGCAGUGAUGGUG